CGGCCGGCAGAGCCACGUGCGCCCGGGAGGACGAGCCACUCUCGCGCCGCUGAGAAAGCAAUGCAGUGCACAGAAGUCAUGCUGACAGGAAGCCUCAUGCUUCAGGCUGAGUGGCUGAAAUGAAGUAUUGAUUUUCUGCUGAAAAGAUUAACGCGUCGCUGACAAGGGAACUGCUUCCAGGUCCAGACACCCGGACACAAGCACCACGCAGUGAAAGCCACGCUGACUAACGCAACCCCUUAAACAUGCCUGCAAGAAGGGUUUUGACUCCACCAUGCUGGCAUGCCUGGAUGUGACAGGCUUCCUGCCCCAAGCUGGAAGGUGGACAACGAUGUUAGGAGUAAAUAUAAAGCCAGAUGAGGAGCAGCACCAGCCAUGGAGGGCCCGACCCCAGAGCCUGUGUUCGUCGAUGUGGACAAGGGACUGACGCUAGCAUGCUUCGUCUUCCUCUGCCUUUUCCUGAUCGUGAUGAUCAUUCGUUGCGCGAAGGUCAUCAUGGACCCGUACAGCGCCAUCCCCACGUCGACGUGGGAGGAACAGCAUCUUGAUGACUGAGAGGACUUCACCAGGCACAGCCAU